UCUGUUAGUUUAAUACAUUUUUAAUAAUGUGCCUUUGUCUUGGUCCUGCUAAAUCUGGCAAAACCUUUCUCAUGAAAUAUUUACAAGGAGACGAGAUUGAUGACGCGACUCAUACUGUUUCUACGAAUGGUAUAAAUCAUUUUACAGUAAAAAAUGGUACUGGUGAAUUUGACAUGAUUAUUAAAGAGAUUGGUGGUAGUAUGGCGCCAAUAUGGAAACACUACUUCGAUAAGAUUCAGAAAAUCAUUUAUGUAGUGGAUGCGAGUAAUCUUUGUCAGAUAAGCGCGGCUGGAGUGUUACUUUACUCUCUGUUAGUCGAGCCUAGAUUACAAAAUAUAAAAAUCGCGUUAACAUUGAACAAAAUGGAUCUUUCUUAUCGCCAAAUGCGUAAUGAAGCCUUACUCAUGCUUCAAUAUUCGCGUUUAAAGAAAGAAAUUACACAAGAACUCGCUAUAUUUGAAACUAGUGGGUUGACUGGUCAAGGUAUCGAAGAAUUACGAGAUUGGUUAUUUGAUCCAAUCACUUUAAAAGCUGCAAUAAAUGCGAACAAAUGA